UCCGACGUUGUCCCUGAAGGUUUCACAGCCGCGCAGGCAGUGUGGGGGCAGCCGUUGGCGAUGCUGGUAUCUGUUGGCAGCUCUUCACUAAGAAGCUCUCGGCGGAGUCCUCCCUCAUCACCAGCAACAGGGAAGUGAUGUCAGUCAGACACCUCCAGCAGAUUACUGACAGAGCGGAGACAGCGACAGGGGAAGAAUUUAACCAACCUCCGCAAAAUCCAUCUUCAUCCGCGAAGAAUUAACGAGUAUCCGUAUCAAAAACAGCGGGAGCAUAAAGUACGAACUGCAACCUUUUUAACAAGCUGCGUAUUAGCACAAUAUGAGGUUAGCAGGGUUUUAAAACAAGUGGCGAAAGAUUGUGAGAGCUGACUUCAUCCAGAGACAACAUAACGUCACAAGGAGACACAGUUCAAUCGCUCCUGGAGGUUUUAAUGUGUUUGGUGUUUUGAACAGGCUUGGCGUUUAAACCUAAAAAUUUUUUUGGGGCUAUUUUGAAGCUAGCGAGCGCGCUUGCUAGCCGAAGACACAUCGCUUAAAACCAUGGAGUUAAGAGUGGGGAACCGAUAUAGACUGGGCAGGAAGAUAGGCAGUGGAUCGUUUGGGGACAUCUACCUGGGUACCGAUAUCUCAGUUGGAGAGGAGGUAGCCAUCAAGUUGGAAUGUGUGAAGACCAAACACCCCCAGCUCCACAUCGAGAGCAAAAUCUACAAGAUGAUGCAGGGUGGAGUGGGUAUUCCAACGAUUAAGUGGUGCGGGGCCGAGGGGGACUACAACGUGAUGGUGAUGGAGCUGCUGGGGCCCAGUCUGGAGGAUCUGUUCAACUUCUGCUCUCGAAAGUUCAGCCUCAAGACAGUCCUGCUGCUGGCUGACCAGAUGAUCAGCCGCAUUGAGUACAUCCACUCCAAGAACUUCAUCCACAGAGACGUGAAGCCAGACAACUUCCUGAUGGGGCUGGGCAAGAAGGGCAACCUGGUCUACAUCAUCGACUUCGGCCUGGCCAAGAAGUACCGCGACGCCCGCACACACCAGCACAUCCCCUACCGCGAGAACAAGAACUUGACCGGCACCGCCCGCUACGCCUCCAUAAACACACAUCUGGGCAUCGAACAGUCCAGGCGGGACGACUUGGAGUCGCUGGGCUACGUCCUCAUGUACUUCAACCUGGGUUCUCUGCCCUGGCAGGGCCUCAAAGCCGCCACCAAAAGGCAGAAGUACGAACGCAUCAGUGAGAAGAAAAUGUCCACGCCAAUCGAGGUCCUCUGCAAAGGCUACCCAUCCGAGUUUGCCACCUACCUGAACUUCUGCCGCUCGCUGCGCUUCGACGACAAGCCUGACUACUCGUACCUCCGCCAGCUCUUCAGGAACCUCUUCCACAGACAGGGCUUCUCCUACGACUACGUCUUUGACUGGAACAUGCUCAAAUUUGGUGCCAACAGGGCCGUGGAGGACGCAGAGAGGGAGCGUCGGGAGCGUGAGGAGAGGCUGAGGCACAGCAGGAACCCCGCAGCCAGGGGCAUGCCCUCGGCCUCUGGAAGAGCCAGGGCGGCGCCGGACGUCGCAGCCCCCUCUCCACUCAACCCUGCCUCACACACAGGUCUGGAGAAGGAGAGGAAGGUGAGCAUGCGUCUUCAUCGUGGGGCACCUGUCAACAUCUCCUCUUCAGACCUGACGGGACGCCAGGACACAUCCCGCAUGUCCUCACAGGCCCUGUCCCGGGUCACACCCAGUGGCCUUCAGUCCGCAGCUCCACGGUGAAACCCUCCCAUCCAUCCGUGCACCAUGUAGGCCUCAACGUGCUCCACCUGCAGCAGACACACACACACACACACCUACACUUACACCUAAAUAUUACACACACCUACACCUAAAUAUUACACAAACAGGACUCUUAAAUGACACAGGACUACCAACUAAUGCUGAGUCAGGCUGCGCUCUUGUUCACUUGACAGAGGAAAAGCUACACAACCAGGAGUGUAUGUGUGUGUUUGUGUGUGGGGGUGGGGUGUGAGAGGUAGGCGGGUGGAGUACAGUUUGGUAGCAGCCACGGCUUCCCUUCUUCUCCAAUGGAAGAUGUGGGAACCCCCCCCCC